AUGUCUGUUCCACCAGAGCUGAGUCCAAACCCUGGUGAUUCAGAUUCUGAACUAGCUAGGAGGCCUACGAAGCGGCCUCGUCUCGACGCUACUUCCGACUUGUCGUCCAACCCUCACUCGGAUGGUAUCGUUGGAACCACGAGAGUUGUCCCCACCAACACGGACGACACUCCACCGAAUGUCCCCAAUCCCGCCACAACCCAUCAAGCCUCGUUCGAUGGGGUGAUGUCCUCCACCAUCCAGUCCAACGCCAACAAACUUCAGGUUUUGAUCCAGGAACUCUCCAAGGAAAGCGUGUAUGAAGCCAAAAAAGCAGUAGCGACCGAUCUUGCAAAGCUAGAAGCCGACCGGCGAGCCUUACAAGAACGUGCAAGGACGCUGGCGUCCGAUCGAGAACGACUCAACGAGGAGCGAUGGAAGGCGGCCCGGAGGACAAAGGAACUCGACGCGACGGACGCGGCCAUCCUCAGGAACAAGCUCAAUGCGGAUGAGCUUGCGAAGGAGAUUGAGACAUCAAAGAAGGCCCUAGUUGAAGAGAAACGAAGUCUGGGAGACACGAAGCAGGCGAUGGACGUGCUGUUGAACAACCUUGAACAGCAGGGAAGACUGGCCAAGAAGGCUUCGGCGACCACGGAAAAAAUGCGAAAACGCAGGGACGAAAAGCAUAGGUUGGAGGUGCAGAAGCUGCGCACCAAGCUCGACGAAGACAGGAAAGCUUUCGAGGAGGUGAAGCGAUUGGAGGCGGAUAUGCGGAAGGAGAGGUUGCUAGAGGAGAAAGCGAAGUGGAUGGAGGAGCAGAACCAGCGCUUCAAGGCUGCAGAACAACAAUGGCGAUGCAAAUACGAAGACAGCAUGGACAGCAGCGGAAGAGUUGAUGAACCAGCGGAACUCUGA